GUGGUGGAGGAUCCUCCGGAGGGUCACACAGUUCAGCGGUCACAUCGCUCUGAGGUAAGCAGAGGAAGAGGCUCGCAGUGCGGCAGUCGGAGCUGAACGUGGAGGGGACAGCAGUAUGACAUGGUUAGCCUCACAACCAGGAAGCAGGCUAGCUUUAAGCUAACCUCCACCUGCUAACACUUUCGUCUUGUGUUUGGGAACGCGGCCACCUUUUGAACAGGUUUCUGAGCUGGCCAUAUCUGCACUGUUGGUAAACAUCUGCAUUGUUUGGUGGUAAAUGUGACAGACCACACAGCAACACAUCCAAGCCUCACUAUGGGUCAGGACAGGGGAAAGUAUGAUUUCUACAUCGGUCUGGGGUUGGCCAUCAGCUCCAGCAUCUUCAUCGGAGGCAGCUUUAUCCUCAAGAAGAAAGGGCUUCUGAGGUUGGCGAGGAAGGGGUCGAUGCGAGCAGGUCAAGGUGGUCAUGCAUAUCUAAAAGAAUGUCUAUGGUGGGCUGGUCUGCUAUCAAUGGGAGCAGGCGAAGCAGCAAACUUUGCAGCAUAUGCCUUUGCUCCUGCGACUCUGGUUACUCCGCUUGGAGCCCUCAGCGUGCUCGUCAGUGCGGUGCUGUCGUCAUACUUCCUGACAGAGCGGUUAAACCUUCACGGGAAGCUCGGCUGCCUGCUCAGCAUCCUGGGCUCCACCACCAUGGUCAUUCACGCUCCGCAAGAAGAAGAGAUCAGCAGCCUGGAAGACAUGGCAAAGAAGCUGGUCGACCCAGGGUUUAUAUUAUUUGCCACUGUCGUCAUCAUCGUGGCUCUGAUCUUCAUAUUUGUUGUGGGUCCUCGCCACGGUCAGACCAACAUCCUGGUCUACAUCACCAUCUGCUCAGUGAUCGGGGCGCUGUCAGUGUCCUGUGUCAAAGGACUGGGCAUCGCCAUCAAGGAAGCGAUAGGCGGGAAAAGCGUGGCGAGAAACCCACUGGCUUGGAUCUUACUGUUUGCUCUCGUGGCCUGUGUGAGCACGCAGAUCAACUACCUGAAUAAGGCUCUGGACAUUUUCAACACCUCACUGGUGACUCCGAUCUACUACGUGUUCUUCACCACGUCCGUGCUCACCUGCUCUGCCAUCCUCUUCAAGGAGUGGGGUCACAUGGGCACGGACGAUGUGAUCGGCACCCUCAGCGGCUUCCUCACCAUCAUCGUGGGCAUCUUCCUGCUCCACGCCUUCAAAGACGUUAGCGUUAGUCUAGCUACUCUCGCUGUGUCCAUCAGGAAGGAGGAACGUGCAGCCAAUGGGACGGCAGCUCACAGCACCUAUGAACUGCUUCACAACGAGUCCACUGAGGACAUGGAGGACAGAGAGAUGGGUUUGCCUUUUGAAAGUGUCUCCAGAAGAAACGGGGCGAUGACUUCCUCUUUGGACCAUUGAGGAACUCGAUAACAGACUAACCAACCAUGGCAUUGUUAUGGUUUAAACAAUAAGACAAUCAGCUGUUUGGGACUCUGACAGACCAGUGGAUUGUAUUUAUUGUUUUAAUUUGCCUUACUUUCUCUGAAUAUGACCCGCUCAUAUUCAGUUACAGUUAGAACUUAAUUUCAUUCCUCUGUAGCGCUGUAAAUGAGUUUUUUAAGAACCGUUUUGUUAUAUGUACAUGCAUAUCCAUGCACUGACUUACUUUCUAUAAAUCAAAUAGGUUUUAAUAUAUAUUCUAUAUGAGGUCCUGCUGACAAUGACGACAUAAAAAAAGACAUGUCACUAUGAUUUGAGUUUUCGUGAUACUUGAAAGUAACAACGGAGAAACUUUUUUUUUUACAUGAAAAGCUCUUCAGAUGAACCAACAGAUUUGUUACAUAUUUAUUGAAUUAAAAUGAUUAAAACAUUUGAAACACAAGGCACAGUGAAUAAAUGAUUAACAG